AACAACAACAUGUUUUGAAUAAAAUUAAUAUCAAAAUAAAUAAUCAAAACAAAAUAUGGAUGGUGUGAAGUUAGAAUUUGAAAUAAUGAUAAAACUCUGCUUGUAACAUAUUUAUAUCAAAUCUAGAUUAUACUCGAACGUUAAAUGUAUGGAAACUUUCAGUGGAAGCUUUAUAAUUACAGGAGAGUAUAUGCAUUGCAAUUCUAGAGAGGUGUAUUUUUUUCUUUUCUCUGCUCGUAUUAUUGUCCUACAGGAAGUUAUGUUGCGAACAUACAUGAUUGUUUCAAGUAUUUUAAAUAGUGUACAGUGGUUUCAUAAUAUGCGUCGCUAGUAUCAAAUGAUGUAUAAAUCUCAAAUAACUUGAGUUUACGAGCUGCUUUCUUCGAUAAAACAACAACAACUUGUUACCUAAUUAGGUGUAUAGAUCUUAAUAGUGUGUAGUUCUCGAUAUUAUAUUUUAUUUUAUUUUAUAAGUGAUUAAGGACUACGGUGUUUUUUACAAAUAUGUAUUACCCGUAUUACAAGGCGUAUUUUUACACUUCAUCCCAAAAUUGAAAACGCUUAUAAUGCAAUAUAAAUUUAAACAUAGUACAUUUCAAAGCUAAGCUGAAAACUAGUAAUUCUAAUUUAAAUUCCUGUCAUUAUAAUAAACCCAACAUCAUUGAAACGGUAAUACAUUGUGAAUAUGUGACGAAACGAUAAUGUAAACGAUAUCCAAGUAGCAUUAUAGUCCAAUACCAAUAUAGCACAUACAAUAGAGGAACUUAUUUAAUGAAUCAAGGAACUUAAAUAAAAUUAGAAAGAUGUAGCAGCUCGCAUGAUCGUCAAUGGAGAAUGGAAUCAUCCCGCUACGACACGGAAGUUUGCCCGGGACUCUGCGGUUACCAAAAAGAUACGAACACUGCACACAAAAAAUGGCAUCCAUUGCGCCUGUGUCGAACGAAAACGAGACAGAGCGUAUUCACGACCUGAUGAAGGCAGUCAUGUGGGUUAAGCAGGAACUGGUUUUACUGCGGCAGCACGACAUUCUCCUUAAACGACAGUUCCGUGAUAUUCAUGACACAAUAAAAAGCCUGUGUAAGUCGCGCCGCUACAAAGGCGCCGUGUGCACGAGUAACACAAGCCUCCAGUCGACCGGGAGUACUGAGUUCGGGAUGGACAACUACUCGGUGCGGUCAGCCUCAAGUGUUACUGCCCUUGAUGACUCGGACGAAGAUCUGGACGAACACUGCGAACUCUUAUUCCGUCCGAGAACUUCAUCCAUGAAAACAACGCGUGAUCUCGCCGCUCUCGCGAGAAGGCGGGGCAGCAAGGAACUUAUUUAGUUGUAGGUAGCCGCGAUUGCCUUAAUUGGAAUACAUGAAUAUAUGGUUGCACAUGAUGAUAUACCUCAGUAUAAAAGUGUUUUGAUAACUAUCUAGAUGUUUUAAACAUGUUGCAUGAUUUAAAUGCAAUCCACUUCAGUUUCAGAACAUGAAACAUUCGCAUAAUUCUAUCUUUACGAGUAGAAGGUGUUAUGCAUAACUGCAACAUAUAAACGGUACUGGAAGUGUGUGGGAACAUGGGCAUCAUAAUGUAUGUUUUACUAUGUGUACACAUGUAUAUGUUGGUUUCUAGCGAACGGUGCUAUAAACACGAAUGCCUCGAUUUUCGUGGCGUUGUUAAAAUUGUGUACAGAUUCUGGACUUAUUUAUCUGUUUUGUUUUCAAAAUUUGUUGAGACAGCAAAAUUGUUUGGGCGGUUUCUGAUCGUGUAUUGCUUACUCAAACGUUGCUUGAUAAUUUAGAGUAAGUUUUGAUGAUUGCAUAAUAUGUUAAUUAUAUAUUAUAUCUAAUAAAUACAGCUGCCAACUGUUUUUACAUAAAUUAUUGAAAAUC